CUGCCUUCCUUGACUGGCUGGGCUUGUUAGUGCUCACGCCCGUACCUGUUUUCUAGAACGGAGACCGAGACACCUGUCAGACAAAUACUUUCCCUCUGCACACACCAGCCAAACUCAGAGGGAAACACUUAUCACAGACUCUUGACUGAGCUGGGUGGACGUUGUUCUCCUGGACAUACAGUAAAAGCAGGUAACCUGCAAAGAUAGCAGAACAAAGAAGCGAGAGAAACUUCUAGAACAAGCAUGUCAAAAGAGGGGGACAAAGCAUCUGUGUUCCGUAGCACCAAAGUGCGGACCAAGCUGAAGGGAGACGCCAGCUGGUUGCAGCGCAGUAAUGAAACUCAGGCUGAAACUGAGGAGGAGGUGAAGCCAUGGGUAGCAGAAGUAAGGGCCGGCCGUUUGAACGGAGCCCCCAUUGAGACCAGUCCAGUGUUGUCACCAGUGGAAUCCACUCCUCCACCCACCACAUCUGACACUGAAAGAACACCAACAUCAGGAUUCCUGAUCAGAGGCGUUUUCGUCAAACUAGACAAGCCUGUUUCAUCCUCAACAUCUAAUGGCUUAAGUGGAACAACACCAUUCACCAAAAAACCUUCAGAGAACUACAAGAAAAUAGCCCCAUACACUGUGAGGACUGCUUCAGAGGUCCAGGAGGGCCAUCUUAGCCACGAAGAGCAGGAGAAACGUACGGAGGCAGCCAGCAAUGUUCUGAAGAGAUCUGCAGUCAGGAAACGGUCUUAUGUGCUUUCUGCGGCUAAGAAAUAUGAGUCUCAAGAAGAAACACCUGACAUCUCAUUGGUUAAUAGCAGUCCAUCAUUUGUGGCUAAAAGGGUGGAGAUUACUGAUGAUGAUGAGAGUGCUACGACUCCAGCACCUGCCAGCACUCCUCCCCCCUCCCCUGUCGUCCCCGUCACAUCUGUCGCCUCCGCCCCUGAGCCCAUACCACAGAAAAUAGCCGACACCAGUGUUAAGGCAGCUGUUGAUGUCGCUGUUCAACAGCCUGUGGUACCGAAGAUGGAGGAGGCUGCCCCCAAGCCUGUGAAUGAAGACCCUUCUCCAGUGUCUGUUACAGGAAAAAAACAAUUUGAAGACAUAAAACCAGUGGGUACAAAGGUGGUCACUCCACUUCCUGUCCCAGCCUCCACCGCCCCGGCUUCAACUGUCCCAGCCUCCCCUGCAUCGGCUACAACUGUCAAAGCAUCUCCUGCCCCGGCUUCAACUGUCCCAACAUCCACCACCCCGGCUUCAACUGUCCCAGUAUCCACUGUCCCAGCUUCAACUGUCAAAGCAUCCACCGCCCCGGCUUCAACUGUCCCAGCAUCUCCUGCCCCGGCUUCCACUGUCAAAGCAUCUCCUGCCCCGGCUUCAACUGUCAAAGCAUCCCCUACUCUAGCAUCACCUGCCCCGGCUUCAACUGUCCCAGUAUCCACUGUCCCAGCUUCCACUGUCAAAGCAUCACCUGCCCCGGCUUCAACUGUCCCAGUAUCCACUGUCCCAGCUUCAACUUUCAAAGCAUCCACCGCCCCGGCCUCAACUGUCCCAGCAUCCACCGCCCCGGCUUCAACUGUCCCAGCAUCCACCGCCCCAGCUUCAACUGUCCCAGUAUCCACUGUCCCAGCAUCUACUGUCCCGGCUUCAACUCUCAAAACAUCCACUGCCCCGGCUUCAACUGUCCCAGCAUCGACUGUCCCGGCUUCAACUGUCCCAAGAUCCACUGCCCCGGCUUCAACUGUCCCAGCAUCCACUGCCCCGGCUUCAACUGUCCCAGCAUCUUCUGCCCCGGCUUCAACUGUCCCAGCAGCUACUGCCCUGGCUUCAAUUGUCAAAGCAUCCCCUACUCCAGUACCCCCUGCCCCGACUUCAACUGUCAAAGCAUCCACUGUCCCGGCUUCAGCUGUAAAAGCAUCCCCUGCUCCAGCAUCCCCUGCCCCAGCUUCAACUGUCCCAGCAUCCACUGCCCCAGCUUCAACUGUCCCAGCAUCCACUGCUCCGGCUUCAACAGUCCCAGCACCCACUUCCUCAGCUUCAACAGUCCCAGCACCCACUGCCCCGGCUUCAACUGUCAAAGCACCCACUACCCCGGCUUCAAAAGUCCCAGCACCCACUUCCUCAGCUUCAACAGUCCCAGCACCCACUGCCCCAGCUUCAACUGUCCCAGCACCCACCGCCCCGGCUUCAACUGUCAAAGCACCCACUGCCCCAGCUUCAACAGUCCCAGCACCCACUGCCCCAGCUUCAACUGUCCCAGCAUCCACUGCUCCGGCUUCAACAGUCCCAGCACCCACCGCCCCGGCUUCAACUGUCAAAGCAUCCACUGCCCCAGCUUCAAAAGUCCCAGCACCCACUGCCCCAGCUUCAACUGUCCCAGCAUCCACUGCCCCAGCUUCAACUGUCAAAGCAUCCACUGUCCCAGCAUCCACCACCCCGGCUUCAACAGUCCCAGCACCCACUGCCCCGGCUUCAACUGUCAAAGCAUCCACUGUCCCAGCUUCAGCUGUCCCAGCAUCCACCACCCCGGCUUCAACUGUCCCAGCAUCCACUGCCCCAGCUUCAGCUGUCAAAGUAUCCAGUACUCCAGCUUCAUCUGUCCCAGCUUCAGCUGUCCCAGCAUCCACCACCCCGGCUUCAACUGUCCCAGCAUCCACUGCCCCAGCUUCAGCUGUCAAAGUAUCCAGUACUCCAGCUUCAUCUGUCCCAGCUUCAGCUGUCCCAGCAUCCACCACCCCGGCUUCAACAGUCCCAGCACCCACUGCCCCAGCUUCAGCUGUCAAAGUAUCCAGUACUCCAGCUUCAUCUGUCCCAGCUUCAGCUGUCCCAGCAUCCACCACCCCGGCUUCAACUGUCCCAGCAUCCACUGCCCCAGCUUCAGCUGUCAAAGUAUCCAGUACUCCGGCUUCAUCUGUCCCAGCUUCAGCUGUCCCAGCAUCCACCACCCCGGCUUCAACUGUCCCAGCACCCACUGCCCCAGCUUCAGCUGUCAAAGUAUCCAGUACUCCAGCUUCAUCUGUCCCAGCAUCCACUGCCCCAGCUUCAACUGUCCCAGCACCCACUGCCCCAGCUUCAACAGUCCCAGCACCCACUGCCCCAGCUUCAACAGUCCCAGCACCCACUGCCCCAGCUUCAGCUGUCAAAGUAUCCUCUGCUCCAGCAUCCACCACCCCGGCUUCAACUGUCCCAGCAUCCACUGCCCCAGCUUCAACAGUCCCAGCACCCACUGCCCCAGCUUCAGCUGUCAAAGUAUCCAGUACUCCGGCUUUAUCUGUCCCAGCACCCACCACCCCAGCUUCAACAGUCCCAGCACCCACUGCCCCGGCUUCAACUGUCAAAGCAUCCACUGUCCCAGCUUCAGCUGUCCCAGCAUCCACUGCCCCAGCUUUGACUGUCUCAACAUCCACUGUCCCGGCUUCAACUGUCAAAGCAUCCACUGCCCCUGCUUCAAAUGUCCCAGCAUCUACUGCCCCGGCCAAACCACCACUGGAACCGUCUCCAAAGCAAAGUUCCAGUGUUGAUACACUCACCGCCUUGUCCGACACCCUCAUUUCUUUCAGCACAAGUUCAACCAGACCCGAGGAGUCAGCAAAGCCUGUUCCCCCCGGCCCAGGACGCUGGAGUCAGGAUUUGCUUAGCGGACUAGACAGCACACAGCGAGAGGAAAGGAAACAGACAGAAGAGACAGCCAAGAAAACACAAAGCUCGGCUGAUCCGUUUGAUCCAUAUCCGAUAGGGACCACAUCCCCUAACAGCUCCUCUGACCUGCUCAAGCCCCUCUCAGAUAUUUCCAUCAACAGUAUGAGCAGUAAUGCGUUGGACUCCCUUGCAGACAACGUCAUCCCUAUCAACACUGACAGGACAAGCCUCAGCACUCAGAGGUCAUGGGCACGCACAUGGGAAACCAGCACACCUCAGCAGACUAACACAGAAGAGAGCCAAGAACCCGAAGCAGGAGGCCAAGCUGAAGAUGAAAAGACGCUGGUCAUGUUUGAGAGAAAAUCAACUGAGAAUGACUCCCCAUGGGACAGGUGGACAUCCCCCACUCUCUAUACUAUCAGUACAACUACAGGAGAGGAAGAGGAGGAAGAGGAAGAAGAGGAAAGCCCCGAGGAUACGCAGACCCAGAUAGUCACAACCGUCACCACUAUCAGGGAGAUACACAGUGAGCCAGAGCCCGCUAUGGAUCGUUAUGAAACCUAUUCCAGGAGCGUGACAGAAGAUGUCCAAACACCAGAACCUGAUACUAAAAAAGGGUUUGUGUUUGUGAAGGAGUAUGUCAAUGCAACAGAGCUGUCCUUGUAUAAUGCCAGAGACACAAUCAAUAGUGGGUCAGAUUAUUUGACAUCAAGCUCUGCCAGUUACUCUUACAGCAGCCCCUCCACUUACACCAGUGGCUCUCUGUCAUCCGCCUGUACAUACUGUGGAAAGCCAGUAGGCAGUGAUGCCAAGAUCUCCAUCCAGCACCUCAAUAUCAACUGCCACCCUGCCUGCUUCAAGUGUGACAUGUGUAGUAAGCCAAUGGGAGACCUUCUCUACAGUAUGUUCCUACAUAGUGGAAAAGUCCACUGCGAGAGCUGCUACUCCAAAGCCUUGGACUGAUUAUCGAAGCUCUUCAGCAGCCUCUUAUCCUCGUCCCCUUCCCUUCACGUUCAUUUGCAUAUAAAGUGAGAACUGGUCUUUCGCAAAGUUUGAACUCCGGAGUGUGUUUAGGGUCAUCAAAGAGGCAGUUAUAGUGACCAAUAUCAUUGCUUAAUGUUGAUUCUUACAUAAGGUUAAAUUUCUAAUUUCUCAAAUAUGUUGUACAAGCUUGUGUUGUUUUUUUCCUGGUGGUGAAAGCUGUAUCUGCUUGAAAUAGUAAAUUAUGAAGGAUAUGUCUGUAUAUAUAUAUAUAUAUAUAUGUAUGAACAGACUAAUACAGGCAAGUGGGGUUUUGGCAAGAAUAAUUAUGCAAAAAAAUUACUAUGUUAGAAAAUGUUUACUUAUUUUGCUCUUCUUGAUACAAAAGAGUGUUCACAUGUGAUGUUUUGUUAAGAAAAUAAAAAGAUUUAUAUGA